AUGCUGAAGGGAACCAUAUGCGAAAGACAACAACAGAAUAUGAUGACGCUCAAUCCAGACGACUGUCGCCUUUCUGUGUCCAAUUUGAAACUGGGCUGUGAGCAUCUGAAGUCGUGCUGUCCUGUGGCUAAACUAUGUGAACAGUGGAUAGCUGAGAAGACGAUCACCAAAGCGCUGAAACAAAAACAUAUCGAAAUCAAUCGAAAGACGAUGGAAUGUCGAACAUCAAUACGACAAAAAAUGUCGUCAAGUGGUGAUAUCAUAAUGUAA